CUCCUCCCCCGCCGUGACUCCUCGAACCGGACUUUCUACUCACCCGAGCCCGCGAAGGAGGAAGUGAGCCCGGUGCUGCUUCGACGACCAACUUUUAAUCUCUUCAGGAGACUUUGAAAAAGUUGUUCCUGGCAGUUCUGGCUCUGUUCUGAUCCACAACCAUGUCCGUCCAGACGAGCAGGAAAACUACGACGACCAGCUACCGGACCGUGAACGUCGCUUCACCGGAGCCGCCGGUCGCCACCACCAGUCGGACUGUGAUCUCCAGCGGUCAGGUUUCUCCACUGCCCUACGCGGUGAACGGUUCCUAUGAGACGGUUCGGUACCUGGUUCCGAUGCAGCAGCCCGUGCAGCAGCAGUCGUACGUGUUGAUGCAGCAGCCGAUGAUGCAGCAGAUGGUGUCGCCAGUUUACCUGCAGACGAUGCCGCACCUGAGCGUCAGCAGCCACGAAUCCGACAUGAUGUACCAGCAGCGGAGCGCCAGCGUCAGCGGGAUGUCGUCAGUGUUCAGCCAGUCGUCCAGUCCCAUCAAGAGCCCGGAGCCCAGCGUGGAGGAUGAGGUGGAGGAAGAGGAGGAGGAAGAGGAGGAAUCGGUGGAGGUGGAAGAGACGGAGAUAGUCAACAUCGUCCAGCAGAAGCCGCCGCCGGCCAUCGGGAAGAUCUCCAGGACGGAGGUGAGGACGGAGCUGCGCGACAUUCCGCAGCCCGCCAAGAUGGACACGCGCUACUUCGGCGAGCUGCUGGCCGACGUCUACAGGAAGAACUGCGACAUCCACUCGUGCAUCUCGGAGAACGUGUCCAAGAUCCAGGGAAACAAACGUCUGGAUACAAAAGACUACAAGGUGGAGAGGGACGAGGUGGAGUCUCUGAUCCCCAAAGGAGCCACUGAACUCACCAAGCAACAGAUCCGCUACCUGCUGCAGACCCGCCUGACUGCAGACAAGAGCAUGCGCCUGCUGCUCUCCACCUUCAGCAGCCUGAGAGAGGAGCUGCUGCACAUGUCCGAGGACCUGCGGCGCCUGGAGAGUGAGAAGGAGUCUCUGGAGCGGGAUCUGAGUUUCAAAGCGGACCAGGCGCGGCAGUACGACAGUCUGCUGGAGGCCGUCAGAGAGAACAACCGACAGCUGCAGCUCUCCCUGAAGGAGACCACGUCGGCGCAGAGGACUCUGGAGAGUCAGCUGAUGAGCAGCCGCAGCGACGACUCCAGCCGCGAGUUCCGCCUCAAGGAGCUGGAGGGACGAAUCCGAACUCUGGAGAAGGAGAACGAGAUGCUGCGGCAGAAGAACGCGGGUCAGGCCAGCAGCUCCGCUCUGCACAUCAAGACGGAGGAGCUGUCGCGUCAGUACCAGGACCAGCUGAGCGCCAUGAGACAGGAGAAGGACCAGGAGAUCCAGAGGCUGCGGUCUCAGAUCACCAAGAUCACGACUGAAAUCCACACCGACAAGUCCUCGUCCUCAUCCUCAGAGAAGAGUCUGCAGCUGAAGAUCUCCGAGCUUUUGGCCAUGCUGGACCAGCGGCAGAGCACCAUCACCCGGCAGGAGGAGGAGAUCCGGAGGCUGAUGUCGGAGAGGAACAGCAGCAGCAGCAGCAGCAACCAGAGCGUCACCAAGACCGUCAUCACCAAGAGGUACAGGAACCAGUACCCCAUCCUGGGCCUGCUGAGCGACGACUACCAGACCGCAUCGCCCGUCAGUGAAGCCAGGACCAUCACCAUCGAGAGCAGCGGAGGGAGCAUCAGGAAGGUCUGAAGGACCAGGACGCCCCCCCCCCCACCUCCACACUCCUCCAAAGCAUGCCCACCCCCCUCCUCAUGGCUUUCUGGUAUGGUGGUGGUUCAAAUCCCUCUCUGUCUCUCUGACACAAUCUUUGGCUUUGAGCAAAUUUGGGGCUUUUUUUUAAGCGAGUCAAAAUCAUUGAAAAAAACAAAUCUGAAGGAGGUGGCGGCGAGCUUGACCACCGGGAGCUGGUGACCUGAUGAUCGCACUCUUUCGUCACUCACUGUCCUUUGAUACUUUCAAUAAAGUGUUUCUUAAAACGUCAAACUUUCAUAGGAAGCACUUCAAAGCGCAGCGCCAUCACGCUCCAACUGCACAGCACUUGUGGAAAUAUGUGUGUUUGUGAGACGACCAUGUGUGCAGCGGCUGACUCCGCUCACGUCUUGGUGUCAACACGACUCGCCGAAAUCCUCCAGGGGAAGUACACAGACACGUGCGGGUGUUUAGCACACACACUCCUUAAGAUCAACACAGUGGACACGUGGACUCACCUGUGGUGCAGUGAAGGCUCCCAGCUGUCCCAGCAGCACCUCACCUCUGUCGGUACCUGGCCGCCCAGGGACAAAGGAAUGGACUUUGUUGGGUGUAAAUAUUUAAAUAGUUAUUUGUACAACAGUGCUUGUUAUUUCACUGCUGAUGCAGACGGACUUGUCGGUCUCUGCUCCAGUGUUGUGCUCAGAACGUGGUGAGGAAGUGCAUGUGGUUGCAGAGGAGCAGGUGGAUUUGGGAGGUUUAGAGCGCGUUGUCAAGACAACCUGAAUGUUUACUGUGUCUCGAGUUUUGUGUUGUUCUAGCUCUGUCCUUUUUUUGUGUGUGGAGAAAACUCGAAUUCCUGGAAAAUAAACUGGCUGUAGUUUCUAAACCAGCGUUCACUGCCUCAGCUCCAACUGUGAGGUGACGGUGACCAUGAAGUUUCUGUAGCGCGGAUAUCAGAAAUUGUCGUAUACAGACCUCAAGAUUAGUUUUUUUUUCCUGCUCAUGAUUUUAUUUCAUUGAAAGAGUUGUUUCUAUUUGUUUUUCUUUGCUUUUUACGGUGGUAGUUAUAUAAUUAACAGUGUCUUCGCAAUAAAGUGAAU